CGAGACCGCGCGCCCGGCUUGGGUUCGCGGAGCUGUAGGGGGCGCCAGAGCAGCGGAGUUGCCGGCCGGCGUGGGUAGAGCGCCCCCCACACCAUAGAGUCCUGCACCCUGUGCCUAGCGCGUAGCGGCGUGUCGUGGCGCUCUCCCCAAGAUGGCGGCGGCCGGCGCGGCCCUGGAGGAGGCCAGCCUGCUGGCCUGGCUGUGCCGCGGGGCGCCGGGGCCGGGGCCGGAGCUGGCCGGGUACCUGGCGGAGCUGGGGCUGGAGGCGCUGGGCCGCGAGCCGGGCCGCCUGGCCGAGGAGCGGGCGCUGGCCGCCGCCCAGACGCGGCGCUUGGCCUUCGCCCACUACAAGACCUUCAUCCGCUCGGCCGAGUGCACCAGCGAGACGGGCCGCGGCUUCGGGGGCAUCGAGCGCGGCCUGGCCCGGCUCCUGGGGCGGCUGCCCGGCUUCCAGGAGAGCUGCAGCAGGAGCUUCUUGCGGGACGCUGAGGAAAUCGCCUCCAGCCGCCGCAUGAACAGCCUGACACUGAACCGGCACACGGAGAUCUUGGAGAUCCUGGAGAUCCCGCAGCUCAUGGACACCUGCGUCCGCAAUGGCUACUACGAGGAGGCGCUGGAGCUCGCUGCCUACGUGCGCCGGCUGGAGAGGAAACACUCCUCCAUCCCCGUCAUCCAGGGCAUUGUGGACGAAGUGCAUCAGUCUUCACAGCUGAUGCUGAAUCACUUGAUCCAGCAGCUGCGCACUAAUAUCCAGCUGCCAGCUUGCCUGCGUGUCAUUGGCUACUUGCGGCGCAUGGAUGUCUUCACGGAGGCUGAACUGCGCAUCAAGUUCCUGCAGGCCCGGGAUGCCUGGCUCCACUCCAUCCAGGCCUCCAUCCCUGAUGAUGAUCCCUACUUCCACAUCACCAAGACCAUCGAGGCCUGCCGCGUCCAUCUCUUCGACAUCAUCACGCAGUAUCGUGCCAUCUUCUCGGAUGAGGACCCCUUGCUGCCUCCCGGCGAGCAUGCAGUCAACGAGAGUGCCAUCUUCCAUGGCUGGGUGCUGCAGAAGGUUUCACAAUUCCUGCAGGUUCUGGACAAUGACCUCCAGCGCGGGGUGGGCAGCCGCUUGGACUCUCUGUUGGGUCAAUGCAUGUACUUUGGCCUGUCCUUCAGCAGGGUGGGGGCUGAUUUCCGGGGCCAGCUGGCCCCGGUGUUCCAGCAAGUUGCAUUGGGCACUUUCAGGAAGGCAGUUCAGGAAGCUGUGGACAAAUUCCAAGAUGAGAUGAAUUCCUACACACUUAUCUCUGCUCCUGCUGUCCUGGGCAGCACCAUCCCUGUAGCAGUGCCAACCACCCAGCCAGGAACCCUGCAGCCUCCCAUGGUGCUGCUGGACUUCCCACCUCUUGCCUGCUUCCUGAACAACAUUCUGGUUGCCUUCAAUGACCUGCGUCUCUGCUGCCCUGUGGCUCUUGCCCAGGAUGUGACGACUUCCCUGGAGGCUGCCCUUGGCAAGGUGACUAAAACAAUCCUGGCUUUUCACCGGGCAGAGGAGGCAGCUUUCAGCAGCCGGGAACAGGAGCUUUUUGCUCAGUUCUGUACAGUGUUCCUGGAAGACCUGCUCCCCUACCUUAACCGUUGCCUCCAGGUCCUCUUUCCCCCAGCCCAGAUAGCACAGACCCUGGGUGUUCCUCCCACUCAGCUGCACAAGUAUGGCAGCCUUGGCUGUGUGGACGUGAAUGUGAUCAAGGAGCCACUCGCCUUCAUCCUGCCAAAGAGAGAGGCCAUGUUCACUCCAGAUGAGGAGAAGGAACUCACCCAGGAGACCCCAGCAUUUGCACCAGAAAUUCCAGGGCCAGAGCAAGGAGUAGAACCUAAUGCACAGCUGCCUCCUGUGGCUGGAGAGGAGAGCAGCGUGAAUGCAAUGGCUGUUCUUCAGCCUGAUGUCCCAGUAGCCACAACCUAACAGAGGGAGGGGACUGCCCCAGCAGUGGGACUGUGGGAGUCUUGCACGUAGCAAGGUAUCGAACAAUGGCACUGAGUGUGGGGGUGUGGAUGGAGAUAAACAGGAGCAUUGGCUGCGUCUGCUGAAGGGAACUGCACAGAGGAUUACAGGCUACAUCAUCUGUAACUACUGCCUUGGCUUCAUUGUAACCAUCAAGCGUGGGCAAUGGCCCCUGCAGGUCUCCUGGUGCUGUCGGGGUGGAAGGAGGCUGGGCCCAGGCCCUGUAGCAUAAAGAGAGUGAAUGCUUUCUGACUUUGAAAGCAGGUUCAAUGAUGUACAUACCUCUGAAAAAGGCUGAUCAUUGUAUAAAUAAAGCUCAUUAGUGUA